AAACUUACAAAAUCUACAAGUGCAAGAAUCACACAGACAACCCCCUCAAGAAAACAAAAAUUCAAAGAAAAAAAAGAAAGGGAAAAAGGGGCUGUAAUGAUGACUAUAUUUAUUCCACCGCUGUUGUACAAGAAAGCUUAAAAGAGAGCAUACUACAACGACAGAAGAAACUCAAGAAAAUGCCACAGAGAUCAAAUGGUUGAUGAGUUGAUGUUCGAUUCCAUUAUCACACUGUAACCAAAAGGAAAGAAAGAUUCUAAUAUCAGACAGAAUUCUCUGGGGCUUUUUAGCUGUCCUUCCAUUCCAGGAGUUUAGCAUGGGCAAGGAAUUCCGGUACAUGUGCCUCGUGAAGACCAGGCGACUGUUGUUGCUGAUGGGAAUUGCUUUUGGAUUAAUUUUGUUUGUUCAGUAUUUUGAGCUUCCCUAUAGUAGUAUUUUAUCAUCUUUAUUUGCACCCGGCAAAUCUCAUCUAGCACCAGUGGACAACUUACCCAAUAAAAUUUCAUCUAGUAACUCAACUACUUCAAGAAACUUGGAGUAUUUUAUUAGCUUAAACUCUACUGAUCUGAAUGUUGCUGAUGAGGUAUCGAGUACAGAUAAUAUCUCUGAUGGAAAAGAUAAUGUGGUGACAGAUGUCAAAGAUGAUUUUGAUCCUGAAAACAAUAAAACUUUUGAUGAUAGUUCGAAUUAUGAUAUUGAUCCUGAGGAUGAAUUUCCAUCCAAGGACUUCUUGGGACUGGAUCACAAAUCCACCAGUGAGAGGGUUGUGAGAAAUACUAGCUUCCCGUCAGAGACUACUGGAGAAACUGAUGAUGAAUUGCCCAAAUCUGAGCAUAGUCUGGAAAGUAGUUCUUCACUGGAGCAUAAUGGGGUUGGAGAUGUUACCCAAAGGUCCGAGGAAAAUGAAAACGAAAACACUGGUCCUUCUCCAGUUACUAUAUCACCAUCAAAUUAUCCACCGGUUGCUUCUCCAGAAAAUCCAGAAGCUUUUGUGGAUUCUUCUUCUCCAAUUACAUCUAUGGGAGAACAUGCUAAAAGUUUACCUCAAAACAUUGAGAAUGACAAGAUUCUGAAGGCUUAUACUUCUGCUCCAGUGAGUGAUCCUUCCAUCAUUAGGAACCCUGCCAAAAAGGAAGAAUUGAAGAGGCCACUACCAGUAGUAGUGCCCAUAUCUGAAAUGAAUCAUAUGCUGCUCCAGAGUCAUGUAUCAUAUAGGGCAUUGAAGCCACGAUGGUCUUCACCAGUAGAUCAAGAAUUACUGAACACACGGCCCCUUAUCGAAAAUGCACCAAUUAUAGAAAACAACGCUCAGCUUGAUGUUAAAUUGUAUCGAAACUUUUCUGCAUUUAAAAGGAGCUAUGAGUUGAUGGAGCAGACUCUCAAGGUUUAUAUCUACGCUGAAGGUGAACGACCUAUCUUCCAUCAGCCACCUCUUAAAGGAAUAUAUGCAUCAGAGGGAUGGUUCAUGAAGCAGCUAAAAUCAUACAAAAGAUUCGUCACAAAAAACCCAAAAAAAGCUCACCUAUUUUACCUACCUUUCAGUUCAAGGAUGUUGGAGGUGACUUUGUAUGUACCCAAUUCCCACGAUCGUAAGAGCUUGAUUGAACAUUUAAGCAACUAUGUUGAGAUGAUCACGACAAAGUAUCAUUUCUGGAAUAGAACUGCUGGAGCAGACCAUUUUCUUGUUGCGUGUCAUGAUUGGGCACCGGCCGAGACCAGGCAGAUCAUGGCUAAUUGUAUUAGAGCUCUAUGCAAUGCUGAUGUGAGAGAAGGAUUCCAAUUCGGAAAAGAUGCAUCUCUUCCGGAAACAUUUGUGCAGUCUCCUCGAAAUCCUCUUAGGCAACUUGGAGGCAAACCUCCUUCCAAGAGAAGCAUCCUUGCGUUCUUUGCUGGCAACAUGCACGGUUAUCUCCGUCCGAUUCUGUUAAAGUACUGGGAAAAUAAAGAUCCUGACGUGAAGAUCUUUGGUCCAAUACCUAAGGUGAAAGGUCAGAUGAGCUAUGCCCAAUACAUGAAGAGCAGCAAGUACUGCAUAUGCGCCAAAGGCUUUGAAGUCAAUAGCCCUCGGGUGGUGGAGGCCAUCUUCUACGAGUGUGUUCCAGUAAUUAUAUCCGACAAUUUUGUGCCUCCUUUUUUCGAGACUUUGAACUGGGAAUCAUUUGCCGUUUUUGUCUCGGAGAAGGAUAUACCAAACCUGAAGAAUAUACUUCUAUCUAUCUCCAAGAAACGAUAUCUUGAGAUGCAGCAGAGGGUUAAGCAGGUACAGCAGCAUUUUCUUUGGCAUCCUAGGCCUGUCAAGUACGACGUUUUUCACAUGAUAUUGCAUUCGAUUUGGUACAACAGAGUAUUCCAGACAAGAUCUUGGUAAAGUACACCAACUCUAGAAGUUAGGAGAAAUGAUGAUAGUUACACUAUAGAAUUGCUGAAACACAAUAAUUGACAUGGAGAGAAGGAAAAGUUGUAAACUAGGUACCAUUGUAUUACAAUAAUGAACUGAAUAAGGAGGUAAGAAAUUCUUUUGUU